CCUUCUCUCGCCAUUCAAAUACCCCCCCCUCGCGUACUUCUUCCUAAAUUCUUUUCUUUUCUACUCAUCCCAACCUUUCUUCCUUACCAAAUACCUUUGAUUUACUCCCAUUUCCUCUUGGGCAGCUCUUAUCAUCUCUCUAAUCCAAUUCUCUUCAAACACCAUCACGAUGUCUGAGAUCCAAAAGCCAGUUGAGGAGGUCGUCGACGUCGUCGACGCCGCACCUGCUGAGGUUGUCGUCGCACCUGUCGAGGAGGUCGCCCCCGUCGAGAUUGCUCCUGCCACCACCGACGAGGUCACCCCAGAGGCCGCUGUUGAGACCCCAAAGAAGGAGUUCGACGGUGAGGGCGUUAUCGGCUACAAGGCACCAGGUGGUUUCAUCAAGAAGCUUGCUGGUUUCCAGAAGCGUUUCUUCUGGUUCGGCACUGAUGCCGUUGAGGUGAAGAGCCUCUCCAACUACCUCCGUGGCGAGAAGCCAGAGGUUGGCAACCACAACGCCGCCUGGGCUUCCCAGACUGGUAAGGGUCUCCUCUACUUCAGCAAGCAUGCUGGAGAGAAGAGCGCCCCAGUUGGCCUCAUCAACCUCGCCGAUAUCACCGACAUCAAGGAGGAUGGUACCGUUGAGUUCUCUUUCGUCAGCAACAGCCAGAAGCACGUUUUCCAGGCCGCCAACCUCGUCGACCGUGACAGCUGGGUCGCUGCCCUCAAGGAGAAGUCCAUCGAGGCCAAGGAGAGCACCGAGGCCAUCACCGACAGCGAGGGUUACAAGGAGCAGCUUGCCAGCUUGAGCAAGCCUGCUGUUGUCGCCGCCAAGGUGGAGGAAAAGAAGGAGGAGAAGGCUGUCGCCGCUGAGGAGACCAAGGACGAGGACAAGAAGGAGGAGACCAAGGAGGAGAAGAAGGCCCGCACCAAAAGCCGCUCUGCCAGCCGCAAGCGAAACUCCAUCUUCGGUGGAUUCAACUUGGGCAGCAAGAAGGAGGAGGUCGCCGCCGCCGACAAGGCUGUCACCGAGGAGGAGCCAGUUACUGAGACCGCCCCAGUCAAGGCGGCUGUUGUUGAGGAGGCUGCUGCCCCUGUUGAGGCCCCUGCUGCUGAGGCCGCCGUUGUUGAGGAGGCUGUCGUCCCAGAGACUCGUCCCGCUGCAUCCAAGCGUCACUCUUCCCUCUUCGAUUUCAAGUCCCGCUUUGGAUCCAAGAAGGCUACUUCCGAGGCUACCCCAGCUGUCCCAGCCAAGGAUGAUGAGGUUGUGACCAGCACCGAGGCCCCAGUUAUCCCUGCCGUUGAGCAGUCCGAGCCACUUGCUACCAGCAUCGCCAGCCCCGCCACCGUCCCCGCUGAGGCCGUUGUUGCCGGAGAGCCCGUUGCUGAGGUCGCCGCCGAGGCCACCAAGGCUGACAAGCGCAAGUCUGCCCUUCCUUUCGGUCUUGGACAGAAGAAGGAGAAGGUCGAGAAGGCCCUCGAGGCUGAGGGAGAGAAGGUUGAGAAGUCCCUCUCCCCAUUCGCCAAGCUCCGCCAGACCGUGAAGCACAAGACCUCGACGAAGGCCGCCGAGAAGCCCGCUGUGACUGAGGCCGAGGCCCCAGCCGCAACUGAGGCCACCGCCGAGACCGCCGUUGAGGCCGCUGCUGAGGAGCCCGUCGUCGCUGCACCAAUCCAGACCACGACCCCCGUCGUUUCCGCCACCGCCUAAACGAUAAAUUUAUGAGUCCACAUCUCCGUCGUUCUGGAUCGCAUCUCGUUACCAUACCCACGAUACCACCUUGAUUUCCCAUCAGGUCUGUUUUGUCAUUGCAUUUUCUGCUCGUGUUGAUACCCCUAUACCCAGGCUGUUUCUCUCAUCUGCCGCUAGGGCACACUCACUCCAUAAUACUUAAUAUAUUUGAGAUUGUCCUGUUAUAUA